AUGGCGGCGGCGCGCGCGCCGACGAUGGGCGGCAAGGGGCGUCGGGCGGAGGAGGAAGAAGGAGGCGGCGGCGGCGGCUCCUCUGGCCCGUGCGCGAGCGCGGGCGGGCCGGCCACGGGCCGCGGCGGUGGAGAGAGAGGGAGGCGGGCGUAUGGGAGGCUGCCACGUGGCGGCGGACACGUCCGGUCGGCAGGGAAAGUGUCCGGCGGCGCGCGAGGCCCGCCGCCGGUUCUCUCCCACCACAUCAGCACCGUGCAUCCCAUGCCCGUGCACAGGAUCCAGUACGGCAAGGCGCUCCAGCUGCAAGUGCCACUGUCGGAGCCACGGCUCUUGCUGUUCGCGGAGGAGGACGGCCGCACAUUUUUCUUGGUCGGUGGUGUGCUCGAUAUCAGCGCGCCUAUCGCCGUGUCGGUCGUCUGCAUCAGAGUGGGGGCAUCCCCACUACCGCACUACGUGGCCAAGCUGUGUGCGAACGGCCCACCGGGGGAGCCCAAAGGCAGGACCGACACCGUCAAGGUGGAAAUGGAGGUGACAAGCAGCAGGGAUCCCGGCGACGUCGCUGUGCAAGAGCUGACCUACUUCACAGUUCCGCCCAAGCUGCUGGCCGGGGCUAAGCUGGUGUCCCUCCACAUUCAGAUUGAUAAGCUCACGUCCUAA